AUGCAGGACUGCAUGAAUGGAUACCAAAUCAUCAAAUCCUUCGGUGCAGAAAAGAAGGCUAAGGAAGUGAAUGGAACGCUAGGAAAAUCUGUAACUUUCCAUCUGGAAACGUCACAAGAAUUUACCUCAAUCUUCUGGCUUCAAGUGACAGCGUCCCUCAUUGCUAUACUGGAAACAGGUCAGUCCUGUUCCAUCAGGGUUCUGCGUUCAAAGUUUGAGAAGCGACUAAAUGCCUCUAGAGACUGCAGGAGUUUACAAAUCACUGAUCUACAACAAGAUGAUUCUGGAAACUACAGAGCUCAAAUACAGGAUUAUACAGAGGACUUCAGUCUGAAGAUUUACAAAAAUCUGUCGGAAAUUAAACUGAAAGUCCAAUGUGAAAAUUACACACUCGGUGAUGGGAAUGACACGGUGCUGAACUGUUCUGCAGGCAAGUGGGGAGACGGAGUUCAUUAUAGCUGGACCUCAACGAGCAAGGGUAGAAAGAUCUCCUCACAUGUUGUCCACAGUCGCUUUCAAGAUGAUGACACAAACUACACCUGCACAGCAGAGAAUCCUGUCAGCAAGACCUCCGUGACAGUCUCCGUCAAGGAGGUCUGUAAAGUAUAUCCAACAACAGGACCUGGGACAGUGGCUACCACGGAGACUGGUGAGCUCCACUUCUCCCCCACCCUCACUCCCCAUUAUUUGUUGUUUGUACCCCUUCACUUAAGCCCUGAAGAUUCCCAGUGCCUUCUGCUACCAAGGAGGUCACUCCAGGAACAAGAGAGGCAAUUGCACUAUAAACAAGUGCCUGCUUUGUAA